CAGCAGGACUCAUCCCUGCACCUUUGCAAAGACCGAGCGUGAUGCCGCUCAAGAAACCCGACACGAAGAAGGAAGCAGCCAAACCAGCUUCAGCCCCAGAGCCACCCAGAGAGCCUGCCUUUGAUCCCAAGAGUGUGAAGAUUGAAUUCACUGCAGAGCAGAUUGAAGAGUUCAAAGAAGCCUUCAGCCUGUUUGACCGGACACCCACGGGAGCCAUGCGGAUCACCUACACGCAGUGCGGGGACGUCCUACGGGCGCUCGGUCACAACCCCACCAACGCAGAGGUCCUGAAGGUGCUGGGCAAGCCCAAACCAGAAGAAAUGAACACAAAGAUGCUGGACUUUGAGACCUUCCUCCCCAUCCUGCAGCACUUCACCCACAACAAGGAGCAGGGCACCUUUGAGGAUUUUGUGGAGGGGCUGCGUGUCUUCGACAAGGAGGGCAAUGGCAUGGUGAUGGGGGCUGAGCUACGCCAUGUGCUGGUCACGCUGGGGGAGAAGAUGACAGAAAGCGAGGUGGAGCAGCUCAUGGCAGGGCAAGAAGAUGCCAAUGGCUGUAUCAGCUAUGAAGCUUUUGUCAAGCACAUCAUGUCUGGCUGAAAGAUGAAACUUCAGGUGAGUUUAUCAGGGUCUCCUGCUGCUUAUGCUGAAAUUGGAAAUCCUGCAUAUAACAGCCAGGGGUGGAGGAACCAAAACCCAAACCCCACAAGCAACCCUGUAGUGGACUAAUGCCACAGGAAUAAUCCCAGCUCUGAAAGCACAAAAAGCUGUGUUCGUGAUAACAAACCUCAUUUGUAACUCAUGCCAUUUAAAAUUUAUCGGGACAGCA